AUGGCUAUGUAGUGGUAAAGACGGUCGGUUAUAUUCGAGAAAACACAGACUUUAGUAUUGUGCACGUUCUCGAGUUGGUCGCUCACAAAUCUUAUCAUGCAGGAGAAGGUAAUAUCGCUGGCACAUCGAGCGAUAACUCUAUUUUCAGUGUUAUUACAGUGACCGUCGCCGGAUUUCAGAUUUGAAGCGUGCCGCGAGUACGGUUUCGAUCCUGCGCUCUUCGCUUUUUCGAGGCGUUCGAUCAGGCCACGAGACAUCCAUUUUGACAGUACGACAGCAAGAUCGUGUAGAACACGCGCAACAGCCAUACGUCUAUUUUCGUUGGUUAUCAAGAGGCGUAUGAAUUUCACGUUACAGUUGUGCAGAAGAUAAUACCUAUACAUUUCCGUACGUUAUCUCGCACAGAGUAUCUUUAAGAGUACGGCGUGGGCGCGGCGCAUCAUGGCGGUGGAAUCAAGAUGGAUGCCAUGUCAGUUGAAAAUUGAAACGAAUAUCUGCAGCGGCGAAUACGAUGGCAUUAUUCUGGUGUCAGGAAGUACCCCUGGAUCCAACGAGCCGGAACCCUUCAAAACCGUCCUCUAUACCGCGGCCCAGAUCGAUGCUGCACUGGGCGUGAUCGGCGCGGUUUUGCCCAUCAAUUUGCUCGCAAAAAGGCUCAUUUACAGCCCAACGGGUCCGCUUAACAUGGAUUAUCACGAUGUGCGGAGUUUCGCAGAGGCAGCUACGAAGGGAAUAAAACGGGCUUUAAAAGCUGGGGUAAAAUGUCCUUUGUUGGUACUACUGCCAGAUGAUCGUUUUGAGAACGUUGAGCUAGUCACGCUUCUUGGUGCUUUGGAGGGUCUCUAUGUGCCUUUAGAAGUGCGUGAGAUAGGUCCGGAUCGAUGUUACAAAGCGUGUCAGCUCGGAGUGUGGAGUCCGAUUUGCAGUAAGAAGCUUCAGGGUAUCGUGAAACUCGCCUCGGCGCUCGAGAGUGGCAGAUACGUCGCAAGGGACAUCGGUGGUGCAGACCCCGAAAGAAUGACUCCCCUGAGAGUGGAGGAAUACCUGGCGGAGCUGUUUUGCGGAUCGAAUGUCACGAUGCAAGUGAUAUCCGAUCAGGAUACGCUACUUCAGGAAUACCCACUAUUCGCUUGUGUAAAUCGUGCUGCCUCAGUAAUACCGCGUCACGCCGGUAGAAUUAUAUUUUUGACUUAUGAGCCGCCCGCUUGCGUCUUGGAGACGAUCUUGAUCGUGGGGAAAGGUGUCACUUAUGACACCGGUGGCGCCGACAUCAAGUGCCAGGGCAUCAUGGCUGGCAUGUCGAGGGACAAAUGUGGUGCGGCCGCUUGUGCCGGAUUCAUGCAGGUAGUAAAUUUAUUGCAACCACCAACAGUAAAGGUCGUCGUCGCUUUGUGCGUUGUAAGAAAUAGCGUAGGCGAGAACUCUUACGUUUCUGAUGAGGUAAUCACGGCAAAAUCCGGUGCAAGGGUACGCGUGGGCAACACGGAUGCCGAGGGUAGAAUGGCUAUGGCCGAUGCUCUCUAUUAUCUCAAAGAAAUGGCCCUAUGUUCUGUGAAUCCGCAUCUCUUCACAAUAGCUACAUUAACAGGCCACGCAGUAUUAACUGCAGGUUUAGGAUAUACCAUUGCUAUGGAUAAUGCUGUGGCACGACUAGCUAGUAAUGCAGAAAAGCUUCAAGCUUCCGGCGAAGCUGUUGGCGAUCCAUUCGAAAUAUCGCGAAUACGUAGAGAGGACUUUCUUGCUCAUCAAGGUCGUACGGAAGGUGACGAUAUUCUUCAAGCACUAAAUCAACUUAGUUCGAAAAUUCCGCGAGGCCAUCAGGGACCAGCCGCUUUUCUAAUUAAGGCUUCCGGAUUAGACAAGCAUGGAGUUUGUAGCUGUACCCCUUUAAAGUACACGCAUAUCGAUUUAUACGGACAUCUACCUUAUCCUCAUUGCAUCCCGUACUGUGGCAAUCCCGUCUUAGCUAUGUCCUACUGCUAUCUGAUCCAAGGAAAAUGUCUGACACUGCGAAAUGAUCUUCCUUAUGAAAUGCAAUACGUUUGCGAAUUCGACUGCAAGCCCAUCUGUACAUCGCCUUGCCCGCCCUACAAAAUUUCCUGUGAUCCCCAUGGCACUCCUUGUCCACCAAUCACCGGAUGUCCCACUUAUUCAAAUACAAAGUCCUGUGAGCGUCAAUCGCAACCCUAUCCAUCUGCCCAACCUGCGUCGCUAUGUCAACCUAAUUCAGAAACGAUGUACCAGGGAGUAAUGUGUCAACCAAAUGUCUAAAGAAACGAAUUGAAUCCGCGUGUAUGACAAUACGUCAAGUUACGAGAUAUUCAUGUGAUAUGAAGAUUUAUGAGGACCAUUCUUGUAUGGCGAGUCGUUAAUCUUGCCAUCGAUUGAAGUCUGUUUUUACUACUUUUAUUCAAUUUAUUUUAUAGUUCUAUGUUUAUUGGACAUAAUGUAUACAU